ACUUGGUCCUGCCAGUCUCUGCAGGACAUAUAGUAAAGCUGGAUUAAUUAUGGAGGGGAAACUUGAGGAUGUUGGCAGAGCAAGGAUGGUAAAAGGCAAAGGGGAUCCCAGCUAUAGAAGCAGGACAAGGAGUCAUAAAGCACCUAAGCAAUAAAAAUCACACCAAAUGCAAAAACCACCCCUGAGACUUCAUCACAGAACAAUACAGAACACCGGAGGGAGUCCAUCUGAGGUCUCGGAGCCCUUUCCACAUUAAAUGAGCCCUCAUUGGCACAAGGCUCGUGUUGACUGUAGUGGCCCCGCCUCCAUCACUUAAAACUUGCCAUGAAGAGUACAUCUGUAAGACUGGAGAGAGGAGGCUGCAGAGAAGCCUCUGUUCCUUUCAAGGCUCCCUAAAACACCGCUGUGUUCUUCAGAAAGAACAACAAAAGUGUCCUCUGCUUUUGGUAUGAUGCUGGAAAAGUGUUCCUUCUGUAAGAAAGGGGAAUGUAUCAAACCUGUAAAAGUGGAAAAAAAGCUUGGGAAAGCAGCAGCCAAGAUCAGAAUUGAAGCAGAUGGAAGCUACUUUCAGAUCAGUCAGGAUGGAGGAGCACAGAAACUGGAAAAGGCUAAAAUUACCCUCAACGACUGUUUAGCGUGCAGUGGCUGCAUCACAUCAGCAGAGAGUGUUCUGAUCACUCAGCAGAGCCACGAAGAGCUCUACAAAAUGCUGGCUUUUAACAAGGCUGCCACUCCCAGUGAACAGAAGUUGGUGGUGGUUUCUGUUUCACCCCAAUCCAGAGCUUCACUGGCUGCAAGGUGUAAAAUGGGUGUCCUGGAAACAGCAAAGAAGCUGACUGCCUUCUUGAAGAGUUUAGGUGUGCACUAUGUUUUUGAUACAACCUUCUCAAGAAACUUCAGCCUGUUGGAGAGCCAACGAGAGUUUGUGAAACGCUUUCGAAAGCAAUCAGAAGACAGAAAGGCUUUGCCAAUGCUUGCUUCUGCCUGUCCAGGUUGGAUCUGCUACGCAGAGAAAACCCAUGGCAGCUUCAUCAUUCCUUAUAUCAGUACCACCAAGUCUCCACAGCAGGUCAUGGGCUCCUUGAUCAAGGGCUAUUUUGCAGAGCAGCAGCACUUAACACCCGACCAGAUAUACCAUGUAACAGUGAUGCCCUGUUAUGACAAAAAGCUAGAGGCUUCAAGGCCAGACUUUUUCAACCAAGAGUACCAAACUCGUGAUGUGGACUGUGUAAUCACCACAGGAGAAGUGCUCAAGUUGUUGGAACAAGAAGGAGUCUCUCUGUCAGAUGUAGAUCCUGCUCCUUUGGAUACCAUAUUCAGCAGUACAGAAGAGGAGCUCACAAGCCACUCUGGAGGUGGUUCUGGUGGCUACUUGGAGCACAUAUACAAAUAUGCAGCCAAGGAGCUCUUUGGAAUCCAAGUGGAUACAGUUCAGUACAAACCUUUAAAAAACAAGGACUUCCAGGAGGUGACACUGGAGAAGGAUGGAGCAGUCCUGCUCCAGUUUGCUUUGGCAUAUGGGUUUCGAAACAUCCAGAACUUGGUGCAGAAGCUGAAACGAGGGAAAUCACCUUAUCACUACGUGGAAGUCAUGGCCUGUCCCUCAGGCUGUUUAAAUGGAGGUGGUCAGAUCAAACUCGAUGGUGACUCCAGCAAGGACCAGCUGCAGCAGGUUGAGAGGUUGUAUGAGUCUGUUCAGACUGCAGUUCCAGAGGAGAACCGGACUGUCCGUGAGCUCUAUGAGCAGUGGCUGGGUGGUGUGGAGUCGGAAAAGGCUGUGAAAGCUUUGCACACAGAAUACCACGCCGUGGAGAAGGCAAGCACUGGAUUUAACAUCAAAUGGUGACGCUGGGAAGCCCAGAUGCAGACACUCGGUGCCUUUUUGACCCAAUUAUGUUUAAGAUGCUCAAAAGAGAGCUAAAGUUCUGUGCAAUUUUUGACUCAUGAGGGACGAGGAGACAAUGUGUGUAUAGGCAGGCAAUUUAAUACCUACAGCUUUAUGAUUAUUGAAGUGAUGUAAAUAAAACCCAAACACUGGCUU